CGUAUGGCCUUUUUGCAGGCAAAUAUCACACGUGAUAAUACUAAGUUUGUAAAUGGGGCAAUAGUUGGUCAGAGAAAUGUUUUCCAGGUAGACCAAGGUCUCGGCAUUGGCAGCAAGUUUCCAUUCUUUAACCGCCACCAGUUAACAUUGACACAAUUCUUCCAGUUGAAGCAAGUGGAGGAAGGUGCUGGUAAACCACCCCCACCAGUGCUUGUGCUUCAUGGCCACUAUGGUGGCUGUGUGGGCGACCUUCCAAGUUAUGAUGCUUUUACCCUUGGGGGGCCAUAUUCUGUCAGAGGCUACAACAUGGGUGAGAUAGGCGCAGCAAGAAAUAUCCUUGAGCUUGCAGCUGAGCUACGUAUACCAGUCAGAGGAACACAUGUGUAUGCAUUUGCAGAACAUGGCAAUGAUCUAGGAAGUUCAAAGGAUGUCAAGGGGAACCCAACAGAGGUGUAUAGGCGAAUGGGUCACGGUUCAUCUUACGGAGCUGGUAUCAAAUUAGGUCUUGUACGAGCAGAGUAUGCUGUUGAUCAUAACUCCGGCACUGGUGCCUUAUUCUUCCGAUUUGGAGAGAGAUUUUGAGAUGUGAUUAGAUUCUUAAGAUUUUUGUUUAAAUUGGGCGUUUUAUAUUUUGAAGAAGAAAAGAAAAGAAAGUAGUGGAAGAUGUUAUUGGUUAAACUUCUGACGAGUUGAAUUUGAAGUAGACAUAUGGUUCUAAUGGAGUGGGAAUCUAUAUAUAUAUAUUUUUUUUGUC